GGCGCACACUCUGACCAAAGCAACAGUCUUCUAAGAGGCAACUUGUAUUACGGUACCAACCCGGAAGUACCUGGAGCUUGGCUGGCAUCACGUGUGUCGUGUGGUGCUGCUGCUGCUGCUGUUGUUGUGCUUUAGGACAUGUCUUUUCGUAUUGUUUCUAAAGAGGCACUGGCUGGAUCCAUCACACUAGGAGCUGCUUUGGUCGCUGGGUAUUUCUUGGGGAAAAGGAAAUCUUCCAGAAUGAGCAUCUCAAAAAGUCACUCCGGGGGAAAAGACGACCCGCUGCUGCAGUAUGUUCUCAAUAACUCCAUGAGGGAGCAUCCGGUCCUGAAGAAACUCAGACUGAGGACGAUGGAACACUCCUGGAACAUCAUGAUGGUCGCCUGUGAGCAGUCGCAGUUCAUGGCCAAUAUGGCAAAACUCAUCAAAACCAAGAAAGCCUUAGAGAUCGGAGUCUACACAGGUUACAACACACUGAGCAUUGCACUGACUUUGCCUGACGAUGGAGUUCUGGUGGCAUGCGACAUCAGUGAAGACUACACCAACAUCGGCAAACCCUUCUGGAAAGAGGCUGGAGUCGAGCAAAAAAUUGACCUGCGCAUACAGCCAGCACUGAAAACUCUGGAUGAUCUCUUGUCAGAUGGCCAGGCUGAAACAUUUGACUUUGUCUUCAUUGAUGCAGACAAAGUUGGCUACGACAACUACUACGAAAAGUCUCUGCAGUUGUUGAGGAAAGGGGGAAUUAUUGCGAUCGACAAUGUGCUGUGGGGGGGAAAGGUGUUGAAUCCGUCCCCUGAUGAUGAAGACACUGUGGCCAUCGACAAGCUGAACAAGAAGUUGCACCGAGAUGCUCGAGUCAACCUGAGCAUGCUCACAGUGGGAGAUGGGCUGACACUAGCUAUCAAAUUAUAGGAGAGAUGUCUGCUAAGUGCAAAGAUUCAUGGGCUUUGGAAGGCAACUAUGGGAUACUGAUUAUGUCCUUUUUUUAAGUUAGGUCAACUUUUAUAUGAAAAAUGUGAUGGUAGCUGAAACAGGUAUUACCCUCUGGGCUCAUGUUACUACAGGUUGGGGGAUCUCCUGGCAGAAAUAGAAUAUAGUAUUGAUUAAUAUGUUUUGAUUAGUGUAAUAUCCCUUGAAACUAAGAAUCAUUGUGGUAGCAUAGUACUGCUAGUCGCCAUCUGACAUCCGUUGCUUGACAACGUUACCAUGGUGAGGAUGGCAUCUGAGCGACGCGAACAACGUUACAUUACAUUACAGUCAUUUAGCAGACGCUUUUAUCCAAAGCGACUUACAGGAAGUGUAUUCAACAUAGGUAUUCAAGAGAACUACUAGUCACCAGAAGUCAUAAGUGCAUCACAACGUUACCAUUUUUUUGCACUUGGCGGCUCACGUAAACCGCAACCUUGGAAAAGGAUGACUGAGUUACAAUCUGUAAUAUCUUUACUUGUUUUACACUUACAAGGAAAAUUUGAUUAAAAAUAAAACACUAUCCAUGCCAUU